AUGAAGGAGCUGUCCAUGCUGUCUCUGAUCUGCUCCUGUUUUUACCCUGAACCUCGCAACAUGAACAUCUAUAAAUAUGAUGGUGAGGCUUACCAUUUCUCACUUUAUUUUGCAGACAUGGAAGUUAAACAAAUCAACAAACGUGCCUCGGGCCAGGCCUUUGAACUGAUCCUAAAGCCACCAUCUCCGGUCUCAGAAGCACCACGAACUUUAGCUUCUCCAAAGAAGAAAGAACUCUCUCUUGAGGAGAUCCAGAAAAAGCUGGAGGCUGCAGAGGAGAGGAGAAAGUCCCAGGAGGCCCAGGUGCUGAAACAUCUGGCGGAGAAGAGGGAGCAUGAGCGAGAAGUGCUUCAAAAGGCUUUGGAGGAGAACAAUAACUUCAGCAAAAUGGCAGAGGAAAAGCUGAUACUGAAAAUGGAACAGAUCAAAGAAAACCGUGAAGCUAAUUUAGCUGCUCUUAUUGAACGUCUCCAAGAAAAGGAGAGGCAUGCUGCAGAGGUCCGUAGAAACAAGGAGCUCCAGGUGGAACUGUCUGGCUGAAAACAGCAAUGGUGGAUGUGACCCAUCCCCACCAUUAGUAAACUCCCCCUGCCUAUAUUAUUAUGGAUCAUGCGAUAUCAGUAUGGGAAAUGUAUGACAUGGGUUAAAAAAAAAAAAAAUCAAGAACUCAAUAAAAAACUUUAAAAAAGAAACAAAAAUAAAAACAAAACCAAUGCGGUCUCUUUGCAGAAUGAUUUGCUUGAUGUUUAAAAAACUUGGAUCUUAUUUUGUAAAUACUUACAUUUUUGUUAAAAAAUACAAGUAUUGCAUUAUGCAAGUUAUUUCAUAAUCUUACAUGUCCUGUAACAGGCUUCUGAUGUCGUCUCUUCCCACUCAGUUGAAUCUGCUGGGUCUGUUCCUUUGAAGCACCUCACGUCUAAUUCCGUUCCCUGCGACUUUUCAUUCCAACCCACCACGAGGUCAGUAGUAGUUCUAUGGUGCUAGAGACCAGUCAUUGCCUAAUAACCUAGACCGCUUCGCCAUCAAUGAGCUUUGUUUCAACAGUGGCUAGACCACAGGUAUCGUGACUUCACGUUCAGCUGUCCAAGACAAAAGGCUCUCAAAAUGUAGUUUCUUCAAAUGCAACUUAGGCGUGCUGUGUAACUGAGGGUAAAUCGCCACGUGCGGUACCUGUUGCUGCUGCUUUUUGAGGCGGGAGGCAACAAAUACAGCUGUGCUGCAGAAUGAAAAUGCGAGUGGGAUCAGUUUGAGGCAAAUUUAAGAGGCACAUUGUAACCAUCAAGCUAUGACAAAUUCUGGAUGAUGCCAAACAGCCAUACAGAUGCUAAUUGUAAAGUGAGCUUAAUUCACCACUUGAAACUUUAUUGAUGCAGCAACUAAAAGCAUCAAGUGGCUUUACCUGUAGAUGCCAUGAUCUAUGAUACUUAUCUGAUGCUACCACAUUACGUGUGUAAUAGUGUAAGAGACUACCGAAUAUUUCACCUGGAACCCAUGAGCCAGUCGUUACCUUUUUUUUUUUUUUGACACUGCUGACUUCCAUCGGUCAUGACCUUUACUCUUCAGUGUUAGCCAACCCUACCUAGUGACAGACAUCUAGGACUAAGAGGGCUGAAGCAGGAGGAAUGACUAGACAGGGUGCUUGUGCCAAGUACAGUAUCACCAAACCUAACAUAUCAUCCCCAAAAUAGCUGCAGUUUUGAAGUUGUCCCUACCCCCGGAGGUUGCUGCCUGCAUAUUCUACUCUUCAUUAGUGCUAUUUUCCUGUAUGUCAUUGUGAGCAAGCUGUGAUUAAUAAAGAAUUGGGGUUCUGUGAACUGAAAAA